AUGGCCGACGUGGACAAGGCAAAGGCGGAGAAGCUCGCUGCGGCCAAGAAGCGGCUUCCACUCGAUGCUGACGAUAUCCAACAGGUCGAGCAGAUGAAGAAGCAGAAAGAGAAGGCGAAGAAGGGCGGCGCCGCAAAGAAGGAUAAGGACGAAACUCCCGCAGAGUCGAAAGCCGAGGAGAGUACCGCCAGCGCGGCCGAAGCCGAGGAGCCCCAACCUUCCGCCGUGUCAGAGGAGACACCCGAAGAGCCACCAUCUCCGACCCAGACCACGUCCUCUCUAUCCAGGCAAUCGAAGCUCCGGUCCUCCUCGUUUCGUCAGGGGCCCUUGUCGCCCAGUGGCUCCUUUCCCCUGAGCCCCGAAGGCGAGACAGCACCCGAGAUCUAUCGAAAGCAAGUCGCGCGCAUCGAGGACCUGGAGAAGGAGAACAAAAGAUUGGCCAAGGAGGCGGGUGACACAGAGAAAAGGUGGAAGAAGGCAGAGGAAGAGCUUGCUGAUCUACGGGAGGCUGAUCGAGAUGGGACCGACGACAGUCAAGUUGAGAAGCUGAAGUCGGAAAUCGCAGCACUGCAACGACAAAACUCGCAACUACAGUCAUCUGCUACGAAACGCCAUGUCUCCUCGCCCUCUAUCUCCAUGUCCACUCCUCCAGGCGAACUGCAAGCGCAACUUGCUUCCAAAUCGGCCACGAUCGAGACGAUGGAGCUGGAGAUCUCACGGCUACGGGCGCAGGCCGAAAGGCAGUCGUCUGCAGGUGGCACCGACCGCGAGCAGAUAGUCGCUUUGGAAGAGAAGCUCGCACGUGCCGAACAAGCCGCAAUGAAAGCGCAGCGCGAGCUGGCCGACCGCAAGCGCAACCUCGAGCGGACCACCGAGCGGGCCGUGAAAGAAGGCAGCGAACGCACGAGCGCCGAGACUAAGCUGCGCACGUUGGGGCAGGACGUCGAGCGUCUCACCAGCGAGAAAGCGGAAUUGGAGAAGAAAGCCGAGGCUCUAGACAAGAAGGUCACGGCGCUGGGCAAUCUACACAAAGAACAUGACAGCCGCUCGCAAGCGUUGCGCAAGGAGAAGGAACGGGCCGAGAAGGACGCCCAGGAGGUGAAAUCGAAGGUCGAGCGCCUGGAGGCUGAGAACGCGCGGCUGCGCAAGAAGGACGCCGCGGAGGGUGGUGGCGACGACGAUGGCGUCGAUGAGCUCGAGGACGAGGAGCGCCUGCGCAUGGAGAAGAAGAUCCGCGAUCUCGAGAGCGAAGUCUACGACCUGCGCCGCGGCAUCUGGCACCAGCGCCGUCGCGACAUGGAGUCCGGUGCUGGCGACGACCCGACUAGUCCCAACAGCGGCGGGGGCUUCACCAACAUCGAUCUGGGCAACGGCCUUGUGUCGCCCAGUACGUCGCGCAAGCCGGCCGCCAAGGGUCUGGGCGACUUGUUCACAAGCGGCAUCAACGCGCUGACGGGUGCUGCGCCAGAGGAGAAGGACGAGCUCCUCGAGGACGACGAUUUGGAAUUCGACGAGGAGGCGUUCCGGCGCGCGCAGGAGGAGGAUGCCAAGAGGCGGCUUGAGCGUAUCAAGGAUAUCAAGCGUGGCUUGAAGAAUUGGGAGGGCUGGAGGUUGGACCUUGUCGACGGCCGGAGGGGCGGUGGUGGGUAUGGGGCUGGCGAGGUGUUUGAGAUCUGA